UUGAAAAGAGGCUUGCGAUCUCUGUGUUAUUCUCUGGAAAUUUGAUUAGUUGGAUUCCAUGAGUAACGCUCUUCUUAAUUCCCAUCUUUACAACUUUGGAAAUACUGAUUUUCAGAUGACAAAUUGGGAUACUCAAAUGAACAUGAAUAGAAAGAUUGGCUUUUGCAUGGGGUCCAAAGCAAUAGAAAGUGACAACCAUAACAGUGUUUCUGGAGACAUUUCUGAUGUUCCUCUUGAUCAGUCAUCACUCUUUACCUAUCAGACAGCAGUAACAGCAGGUUAUUCCAAUGGGGAAUUCAGAUAUGAUCAUGGCAUUUUUCAGCAGCCAAUGUUGUUUGACAAGAGUAUUAAUUCAGCUACCCAAUUUCAAGAAGAUUUUCAGGUCAUACAGAAUGCAAGGAAGCGCCCAAUAAUUGAGGUCAAUGAUAUCUUGCCCAAAAAUGACCUUGGUGGUUCAAUUGGUGAGAGAACAAUUUCAAAUGAAUGGAACCAAAACAAGAGAAACAAGGGGACAAAUUCUCAACAACAAUGGCAUAAUCAACUCCAAGAAGCAUCUAUGGAAAAACAAGACAAUAGGAAGUUGCAAGUUCCUGUGAGGCGAAGCCAAAAGCUUAGUGACAAAAUCACUGCUCUUCAAAAAUUGGUUUCCCCCUAUGGCAAGACUGACACUGCCUCAGUUCUUCAAGAGGCUUCGAUUUACAUCGUGCUUCUUCAACAACAAAUUCAGAAUCUGCAUCGGAUCUUUAGUAAUUCAUACAAGAAUGCUGCAGGACUUCACACACAAGAAUCUGGGAGUAGUAGCCAAGUGCUUGACCUCAGAAGCAAAGGCCUUUGUUUGGUUCCUAUUUCCAUGACUCAGAAAGUGACUAUGGAAGAGGGUUUUGAUGAGGAUCAUCUUUCUACAUCAAGAAAAUUUGCAAACGCAGCAUCUGGGAUGGCUGUGCAUGAUGACUGCAAGUUGAAGUUCUUAGACUUGAAGGCAAAACGAACUUACCGCUUCAUAGUUUACAAGAUUGAGGAGAAGCAAAAGCAGGUUGUAGUGGAAAAGCUUGGUGAACCAAGUCAGAGCUACGAGGAUUUCUCUGCCUGCCUCCCUGCUGAUGAAUGCCGAUACGCUGUCUAUGACUUUGAUUAUGUGACAGAAGAGAACUGCCAGAAGAGCCGCAUUAUUUUCAUUGCUUGGUCCCCUGACAUAUCAAGGGUGAGAAGCAAGAUGAUUUAUGCCAGUUCAAAGGACAGGUUCAAGAGAGAGUUGGAUGGCAUUCAGGUUGAGUUACAAGCUACUGACCCUACUGAGAUGGGGCUUGAUGUGAUUAGAAGCCGUGCUAAUUAAAUUAAAGCAAUGACGAUGCAAUGUGGAGGGUCCUCUAUACUAUCUGCUCUAUUAUGCGACAUGUUUAUAGCCUAUGAACAUGAAUUGUCUUUACUAUUGUAUUCGGUUGGUGACAUGAUUUGUAAUCUGUGGAUGAUUGGUGUGAAAUACAAACUUAUGGCGAAUUUCCCAAUAGCA